CCACUCAAGACACCCACUUUUUGUAAAGUGCAAACUCCGUCUAUCCUAGUUGGAGCGCACGCCCUCACAUCUUGUUGUGGUUAUUCUUUGCUAGCCUCAAAUGUUAGCUAGCUAGCUAUCAUUGUUCCUCACUGGGAACGACACAUUUAGACAGCGUUUUUAUAUAAACAAAUUGCUAUACUUACUAUCGAAGAUUAAUAAGACAGCCGAUUGAUUCAAAUGAUAGCCCUUCUCUCUAUUCAAAGGUACAGUAGGUAAGUUAGCUAGCUAGCUAGAUUGGUAAAUCUUAUGUAGCUAGCUAAAAAAUUUCCACUAACGUUAUUUCUGACAUUCGCUACAGUAGCUAGCUAGCCAUCCCAUAUAUGAAUGUAUCUAGCGUAUGUUAUGCCAGCUAGCUUGUAUUCAUGUUUUCAUGGCAACCUUGCUGCGCUAACGUUGCUUGCUAGGUUACUAACGUUAGCUAGCCAUCAUUGUUUACAUUUCUUAGUCAAGGUUACUUCGUUUAUACAACAUGUAGUGUAGCUAUGCAAUUUUAUUGACCUGACUACGAACUUAGUCACCCACGGAUGACUGACACACCAAGGCAGCCAGCUCUCUUUGACAGCAUUCGAAAACAUACCUAGCAAACCUGUUGACAACAAUACAUUACUGAUGUAAGGAUGACACGGAAGCUAACUGCAGCCCCGGAAAGAUGACCUGCACCGCCCUAGGGCAUGGUCAGGAUGGGGCCAGAUGUGCCCUUGCUCAAUGAAUACAAGCAGGAGUUCUUCUGGAAGCGCUUCCCUCAGACGGUGCUUGGGGGUCCGCACUUCAAGUUGGGCUACUGCGCCCCGCCUUAUGUCUAUGUCAACCAGGCGGUCUUGUUCUUGACACCAUGGCUGUUGGGUGGCAUUGGCACGCUGCUGUGCCAGCUGCAGCUGCUGGAGGAGCUCCACGCUGCCGUGCUGUCUGGUAUGCUCAUGCUGGGAGCAGCAGUGGGUGUCCAGGCCCUGGCGCUGUAUGCUGCCCGCAGGAAUGGCACGGUGGAGAGGUUGGGAGUGCCCAACAUCCUGGCUAACGAGGAGGAGGUGGAGUUCACCCACUGUGUAGGCCCAGAGACGGUGAGGUUCAUCGCCCCGGGGAAGAGGUUUGGGCUGAACGUGGUGCUCCACACCAUGCUGGCGGGGGCCCUCUGUGGCCUGGGGACAUGGUAUGUGCUCCUCGGCAGGUUGACUGCACUCUACGGCAGUGUGGGUGUAGCCUUGGUGGUCUUUGUCCUGAGCUGGGUGACCCUGUGUACGGCAGAGUACUCCCUUAUCGUCAACACGGCCACAGAGACGGCCACAUUCCAGGCACAGGACACCUAUGAGAUCACCCCACUCAUGCGACCACUCUACAUAUUAACUUUCAUAGCUGUGGACCUUGCUGAUAGAUUUACAGAUCCAGUGCCAGAGCUCCAGCUAACCAGUCAGGUUCUUCAUGUGGUGUUCCUGGUCCUACCUCUGCUGUGGGCGCUGGGCAUGCUGUCACCCCUGGAUGCCCUCCUCCUUUGGGGCAUGGAGCAGGCUCUGGUGUUCGGUUUGGGCGGCUCUCCCAUGUCCAGUAACCUUAGGUUACUGGGGAUGUUCGCCAUGUCUGUAUGUGUCACUGUUUGUACCUUCUUCAUCCCGUCCACCUUGGGUGUGGUCUUCUUCUCCAUGGCCAUGGGGUUUCUGCUUAGUUUAGAUCUCAGCCAAUUUGGGGCAUAUUGUAGAGGAGGGUCCAGGGGGGCCCACGGUGACAGUGGAUGGCGUAGGGGGACAUCCCCUGCCCCUCCCCGCUGGUUUGGCUGGCAACUGGGCUGCAGGGAGAUGCUGCUCUACCUGGGGCUGCUGCUGGGGGCCAUGGCUGAGGCAGGGCUCUUACAUCACUUCCUCAGUCCCUCCCAGCCCCAGAACCUGGCCAGAGGACCUCAAGCUGCUGUCAGCUACCUCCUCCUCAUCCUCUUCAUCAUCUGCUGGGCUCUUGGAGAGAUCCAGGGAGCCUAUGUUUUUGGAGGAGUGUUCCUCAACCCACUGUACCCAAGAGGAAUGGCCAAUGUCCGGGUGUUCAAGCAGCGGGGCAGGGGUCUCCACGUGGCUGGGGCCAUCAGGAGGGUGCUGCUCAAUCUGGUAUCUCCCUUUGCAAUGAUUGCUUUCCUGACGCUGGAUGGCUCUGUUCAGCAGCUCCACACAGCCUCUCUCAGUGUGGGAUUCACCCGGGCCUUCAGAGUGGUGUGGCAGAGCUCUGAGGAGGCCCUGUUCCAGAUGGUGGUGGUGGUGUCAGUGAGGCUGGCUGCAGGGGACACCAGACUGCCUGGGUGGGACAGUCUGGGCAUAGGGGUCCAGCUCCUUCUGGUGGGCCUGCUGAGUGAUAGGCUACUCCAGUUCCUGUCCAAGCUGAAGUUUGCCCUGGCCGUGCUGGUGACCUCCUGGACAGAGAAGAAACAGCGGCGCCAGUCGGCCGGGACCCUUCUGGCCCUGAACGCCUCCCUGUGUCCUCUGCUGCUCUCUGUGGUGUUCCUGUCAGCCAUGCUCUCUGCUCCUCUGCUGCCCCUCUUCACCCUUCCCAUCUUCCUGGUGGGCUUCCCCAGGCCUCAGCGUAGUUGGCCUGGGCCAGUGGGCACCGCCUGCCCCUGUCCAGACUCCAUCUAUUACCAGCAGAUGAGUGGGAGCCUGGCCUGUGCUCUGAGGAGCGCCUUCGCCAGGGGAUCACUUGGUUCUCUGGCUCCUGGCUCCCACUUCCUGGGUCGCUUCCAGGACCGAAUGGUUUGGAUCAUGAUCUUGGAGAGAGGAUAUGGCUACUGCACUGUCAACAUCAAGGGUCUGGAGCUGCAGGAGACAUCGUGCCACACGGUGGAGGCUCGGAGGGUGGAUGAGGUGUUUGAGGGGGCCUUUGAGCGCCCUGAGUGGCUUGGUCUCAACCAGGGGUUAAACCUGCACUGGGGUAACGCCCUCACCCCAUGUGCUGCCCUGCCUGUGCGUGUCUACUCCGACGCCCGCAAUGUGCUUUCGGGCAUCAUUGACUCGCAUGACAACCUGAGGAAGCUCCAGGAUGACUUCCUGAAGGCCCUGGUGUGGCUGCUGCUGAGGAACUGUGUCCAGAGACAUAAGACCUUUACCUGGGGCACUGAGGAGGGGACAGGGGGCAAGGGAAGGAAGUCCCAGUCCUCCCAUUUUGGCCAGUCAACUGUCACCCAGCCUGCAGAGGCUGUCAUGGUGGAGUCUGUCUCCUCUCUCAAGUUUAGACGGGACAGCUCCAGUUUGACCUCCUUCGGUGUCUGGUCAGAUGAGGAUGACCUGUUUGGGCCUCAGCCAGCCAGGAGGACGGUGGUGCUGGUAAGUACGGAGGCCCAGCUGGGACAAACAGUGCUCCACACUGGCCCUUCACUGCCAGGCUCUGUGGAGAUGGACAGUCUGUUUGAGAACAUGGCCCUCUCGUCCCUCCAGCCCCUGGGUUUGGGUCUGGGGCUCCCAGCUGUGGAUAAGGGCAGGAACCCUGAAGUACCCCCCACAGAGUCCUCCGGCACCUUGGCCCAUGCAAACUUCAGCUGCCCCCACACUGAGCUGUUCAGCCUGCCCCCUGGGUGGAGGACAGCCCCCUUGUUACCAUCCCGGUUGCAGCAGCUCAAGCCUUUGUUCCCUGAGGAGUGGUUUCGGUUCACUCUGGGGCAGUUGGCGCUGUCCAUUCAGGACGAGGCUUCAGAAGAUGUGACCAGAGCUCUGAAGGAGGAUGGGGGGCUGAAGGACCUCCAUGCCCAGGUGGCCCUGUCAUGCCUCAUCUCCCUGGGGGCAGAGUCUGCCUUCACCAGCCCCAGCUAUGUCUAUAGGGUCUACUGUGGGGACAUGCCUUGGACAGAGGGGCUGGAGUGGCUCUCUGAAAACAAAGAACUUUACCAGCUUGCACUUAAGGCUUUCAGGUACAGUUUCAAGCUGCUGUUUGAUCAGGCAAGUCUGGGGCCUAUGGAGAGUCUUGAGGAGCUGUUCAGCACCCUGGAGGAGUAUGAGAGGGACUGGUACAUCGGUCUGGUGGCUGAGAGAGGCUGGCAGGACAGCGUCCUACAGGAGAAACCCUUCCUCUUCUCACUGGGCCAUGACCUCACCAUGGGCACUUACACAGGGCGGGUUCUGUCCCUGCAGGAGCAGCUGGUUCAGGUAGGCCGUCUGAACGGGGAGGGGGUGCGUGGCCAGUGGGCAAACCUGUCCUGGGAGCUGCUCUACGCCACCAACGAUGACGAGGAGCGCUACAGCAUCCAGGCCCACCCCAUCAUGCUGAGGAACCUCACUGUCCAGGCAGCCGACCCCCCUCUGGGGUACCCCAUCUAUUCCUCUGUCCCCCUGCACCUCCCCUGCUUCUAAUCCCUCAUGGGAUACCCCAUCUACUCCUCUGUCCCCCUGCAUCACCCCUGCUUCUGACCCCAACCCCUUGUUGGGAUACGCCAUUUUCACUGACUCACAUGCCGGCCCCCUAUACCCAACCCCCCUAUCGGCCCCCUAUACCCAACCCCCCUAUCGGCCCCCUAUACCCAACCCCCCU